AUGUCGCUGUUGCAGAAGAAUGCCGUUCUGAAAAAGUACCGCCGCGAAUACCGCGAGCAGGAUGCGACACGAUCAUCUUCCAAGGAGGAAGGGCAGACGGAGGAAGGCGGUGAUGACGACACUGCUGUAUAUCCGAAUGUGAACGCAUUCCAAGCUCUUGGCUCGGAUGCCGGAGGAGCGCUAGCGUCGCCGUCGUCCUCGCCAAGGUUCAUGCGCUGCGUGGAAACCACGCAGAUGCCAGCGAUCGGGGCGCCGAGCGUGAAGGUCUGGAGCUCUGGUGUAUCUUCGGGCUUCCGCGGCACCACAGCUGCCUCUGUAAGCAUGCACAGCAAGGCCACGGCGACAGCGACUGCCGGCCCAUCAACCGUUUCCACCAUUCGCUCUCCGUUCCCGCAUCAAGACGGCGGCGGCGAGGCGAAUCACGCUGCGCCGACGAGGUCAUUGUCGCCGCGCAAUCAUACGGUCAACGCAGGAGCGGGGGCUGAGGACAAGUAUUUUGACUUGGACAAUUUUAUCGCACCUCUCGGCCCUCUUCCGUUGCCGCCUCUGUCGGCAGAUGGCGCACCGCCCGCACUGGCGCCACUAGGCAGGCGAGGCGCCGACAGCACCGGCCCCCGCUGCUGGUCUAGUCGGAGCGACCUGUCCGGCGAAGAAGACCGCGCCAUUGCUGACACCCAUUUCCAGUCGCCACCCACUGAUCCGUGCGUCUCGCCGACAACCGGGACGAUCGGCGGCGAGGCGUUCAUGAGCAUCACAGAUGUGCCCGAGGCGUCUCGAUCGAAUCACGUCACACGUGCAACCGCUACGAGUGGUCUUGCUCCUUCUGCCGGCGAGUCCUUUGGACUGGCGAGCAGCGUCGGUGGCUUAUCAUCGUUUGCUUUAGCAGCGGGAAAGCCUAAGACACCGACGGGAGGCGGCGCGCAUGUCAGAAGCUCACCACAAGUUUCAACAGCGGUGCAGCGACCGAUUGAGGUGCUCACCCGGGUCCACAAAGGUCCUUCAGGGGAAGAGGUUAGCUCGUCCUCCUCGUCCCCUUCUUCGUCCUUCACUGUCACAGAGCAAGAGGACGAUUGCGGCGACGUCGACGGCAAGCCUACAACGCUACGCGAGGAGGCUGUGAGGCAGCUCGAUCUAGCGUGCGCGAACGCGACACACGAGUCACAUCCUGCGAAAGAAUGUAAGAACAGUUCCGCAUCUGCGGCAAUGCGACUCGACAUAUCCGACACGCUGCUGCAGCCGCCGACGAGCAUCCUAUCAGAGCCGUCAACGGUGACAGUUCAGACGAAGGACAAGUCUGCUGUCUCUCAUCGCAGUUGCGGGGGUGCCGCGGCAAACGGCUCCGUGGAAAGCCGGCGCGUCGCCUACGCAGCUGACGGCGCCGACGCCAGCGAGGAGGGUGCCUUCUCCCCAGUGAGUGGGAUGGACGAUAAUGAGCGAGCGUCCUAUGCUGGCAUGGCGGACGACCGUAACAUACCUUACGCCGAUAAUCGAGGCGUCGUUUUCAUGCAGCAGGUACUCUCGUUCUCAGGAACUGCUCACUCGCUGGCGCGAAUCUGGGACGACGAAGACGUCGAUGUGGAUCCGCUGACAACUGACUCGAUGCGGCUUCCUCCGCGCGCGCUGCCGCCCAUCACGUUCUACGAAGCGUAUCUGGAGCUGACGAAGGCGCUGCGAAGCGGCGACGCGAUAGCAGCGCGCCAAGCGGAGGAGAGGAUGACGGACAGAGCUUGUUCUUCAACGGUACUUCAGCAGGCCGCGCCGCCGGUCAUGGCACUGCCGACGCUGAAGAAAGCGGCCCGUGCUGCCAUCUUGUCGUGCUGCGGCGGUACAGCUAGUCGUGCGUCGACAGUCGCGAAGCAGCCACAGCUGAGUACGGCGGCUUGUAAUGGGCCUAAACGUGACGAGCUCAGCGGGGUGGCACCUGCGGGCGAGACGGCCUCCGCACGUGGCGGACCAGAAGAGCAUCUGCGUGUUAUACGCGCUCUGAAGUCUCAGCCGCUUUCGCUGCAGCUCACCACGCAUCGCCGUAUGCUGCUCACUAUCUUCAACACUCUCACAGGCAAGAUUCCGUGGCUGAGUAGGAACGUGACUUCAUCCGAAUUCACACCAGUCACCUCCUCACAGCCGUCGUCGUCCACGGCCGUCAAGUGGGAGUCAAUCGGAUUUCAAGGGUCCAACCCUGCGACUGAUGUUCGGGCGACGGGUGUCCUCGGCGUUCUUCAGUUAUUGUACCUCAUCGACUACUACCCCGCGUUCGCUCAACGGCUGUGGCAACUGUGCUGCGACCCAGCCAACGAGGGGGCCUCUCACUCCCCGUCGCGUAAUUAUCGCGGCGGCGAGCCACCGGUAGCCGCGAGAAGAGCCAGAGUUUCGAAUGAGCUGCCGUUUGUUUUGGUGUGCUUCAACUUCACGGCGCUGGUGCUGGACGCGGCUGGACAGCAUAUUCUUGACGAGGAGGUGCAAAAGACGGCGAACGGGAAGCGCCCCUCUUUCACAUCCCAUAAGGCCGCCGCUAAAACGACGAGGCCUGCGGCGCAUCCUUCUUUGUACGCUGGCAUGCAUGUCUGCUGCGAGUGCUACGUCGGAGCGCUGGCGCUGUUUGUAGAAGCGUGGAGGGCGCGACCAAAAGCCGGAGCCGCACUCGGCGGUAAUGUGAAGCUCACAGUGCCCGCGAACCGACCUAGCAUUGCCGACUUUGGCGACAUCAAGGCGCGGCUGCGGGGAAAGCUCUUGAGGAAGGGUGCUGCGAAGAUAAUGCGGGAGGCCGCGUUUCAAGUCCGUGGGCCCGUUGAGCAGCAGGAGUAG